CAGACCUCACAUGGUGACCCUUGAGCUGCAGCCGGCAGUUGCCUGCUCAGCUGGCUUCUGAAGAGCUGCGGCAGGAGCGGCUAGCAAAGUGGCCACAGAAAGCAGCCCAACCCCGUCAAAAGCAGAGCUGCUUCCUCACCUCUUCUUCCGUGCCGGUUUAGGAGACUUAGCAACAGCAGCCUGAGACUCCGAGGGCUGCUCUUUGCCGGCAGCACAACUCUGCCCCCCCCCCCCUCCGCUUUCCCUUUUCCUCCUGGGUGUGAAGCAGGCAGAGAGGAGGGCGCGCGCGCAUUUUGCUCAACCAAAAAGAGGGCGUGAUAGAAUAAGCUGCAGCGAGCUGUGGGGGAAGAUAUCAGCAGACAACAGGUACCUGCCACUCCCUCAGUACAGAGACCCAGGAAGAAGAUUGAGAGUGACAGAGAAAAAGAGAGAGAAGAAAGACAGACAGAGCACUCCCAGCAUGGUAUAAUUUCCAAGGUUCAGUCCCAGAAGGUUCAAAAUGUCAGUUCAAGGCAAGAUGUCAAAGACAGAGAAAAAUUGAAGGAAGCAAGAAAGCAUCCUAAAGGAAAAUGGCAGAUUCCUGGUACCUGUGGGUCUCCAGCAUUGUCUGGGUCUGCUCUGUGGUAUCAGCACAUCCCUGUAACAUUGACCAACAGGGAUCGGCCACUUGCUAUGGGAAGAGUCUUCACCAGGUUCCCAGUUCCCUCCCUAGACAUAUUACCAGCCUGGACCUGUCCUUUAACUCCUUGACGAUGCCUAAACAUGGAACUUUUCUGAGAAACUUCCCUUCUCUGCGCUUCUUAAACCUUUCCAGUAAUAUCAUUCCUACUCUCUAUCCAGCUGUCUUUUGUAACCUCAAGACCCUCCACCUUUUGGAUUUAAGCAACUGCAGCAUUUCUGUCAUACACCCAAAAAGCUUUGUGGGCUUGCAGAAUCUUCAAACACUACUUCUAAAAAAUAAUAAACUUCAGUCUCUUGACCCUUCCAUGUUCCCUAUUCCUUGGACCCUUUUUCAAUUGGACCUUCGAAACAAUGAGCUGUCCUCUGGAGGUGAACUCAUUCCACCACUUGUGAAACGAAUCAACCAUGUCAAGCUUCAAGAGACCGACUGGAUGUACAAUGGCUCCAUAACUCCUGUCCGGCAAGGGCUACAACAAAGGGAAGUUAAACAGAUCCUCUAUGAAUCACAUCCAGAACCAAAAACUGAGGAAAUUACCAUUCCUAGCUAUCAUGAUAUUGUCCAAAGACGAAAAUAUCGGAUCCGUCGGGAUGAACAUAUAAACAACACAAUUCCAUCAACAAAUAACACAUCCAUGCCACCGCCUGGAAAAGUUGCAAACAGCUGGCCAUAUUUUGCUGGUUUUGUGCUUUUGGCUGUUGGCAUCUCCAUUGGAAUUGCACUAAUUGCAAAAUGCAAAUUGCUCCAGAGGAAUCGUGCCAGCUACCACCACCAACGGCUGCCUGAUUCCCAUUCAGUUGGGAGCAGCCGUACUGAGGAUGUACCUGGCUGGGAGGAAGCUGAUAUGGAUGUGGCUUAUGGGAGGAACCAGCCAGUGCCUGGAGUAGCUGGUUGCCAUGCAGAAGAUGAUGAUGGUUUCAUUGAGGAUAACUACAUUGAACCAAGUCAUGAAAUGAAGAAAGAGGAGGAAGAAGAGGAAAUGGAACCCCAUUUCAAACUCUGAUGGACAAGUAGGAAAAAUGGCCCAGUUAUUUUCACCCUCCAGUACUUGUAUUGAACCUUUCUUUUAAGUGCUUCCAGUGAUCUCACAACAGCUUCUCAAACUCUGGAAUCUGUUCUCCUUCAUUAAACCUCAAGGGGUUUAAACAA